UUUUGCUGAGUCGAAUGUAGUCGUUUCCUUUUCGCUUUUUUGAUCCGGUGCCAUGGCACGUCGAAAUCGCGGCGCAGGUGCCGCUGCCCUGGCCUGCGGGACAGGCUUGGCAUUCUUGAGCGCGCCAAGCCUUUCUACGCCAGCGGCGCCACAUCGCUCCCACGCGAAAGCUGAGGCUGGGUCUUCUGGCGCCGGGCCGGCGGCUCUGCUGCUUGGCGCGGUGGCCGGAGUCAGUGCGCGGCCGAAGCUCCUGCCAAGGAGUCAGGCGAGAGGGGUGGACGUGAAGGAGCCAGAGGUGCAGGCCAACGUGGACGUGGCAGUGGCUGAAGUGGCUGAAGUGGCGAAUGGCGAGGCAGUGCUCAGCAGCUGGCAGGAGACCGCGUUCCGGCGGAUGUGGACGCGCGCAGACUCCUUCCACGUCCACGCCAUCUCGGGUACGGUUCACACCAUCAUCGGCUUGGCGUACUUGCUGGAUGUCCUCCUGGUGGAUAUUGUGCGCCUCGCUGGCGGGCAAAUGUCCCCGCAUUUGCCUUUCGAGUUGGUCCUCGCGUCCAUGGGCUUUGGCGCCGUGAAUGCGAUCACUGGGCUGCAGCCCUCGCUGCUGCCGCAGCCCACCAAGACCAUAGCCCAACUCCUCGGCUUCGGCGAGGACGGCAACCUCUCCUCCGGUGGCUUUGUGAACACCGCAGGAUUUUAUUUCUUCUUGACCUACCAGAGCCUCCGUGUGCUGCCUGAGUACCCCACCUGGUUGCAGCCGUUUGAUCCGCUCCUGUCGGCCACUGCAUUUAUUUCGAUUUUUCACGCCAUGUUCCUCAUCAACAGUUGGGUGCAGAGAGGCAAGCUGGACCAAGCCUUGGCGAUCGGCAUGAGCGCCCCUCUCAUGCUGAACGUGCCAGUGUCGCUGCAUCUCAUCUUCCAGGGCCAAAGUUGGGUUGAGGGCCUGUCACGUGCCUAUCCUGGCUGGCCAGAAGUGUUCUUCUCCUCCAACUACGCUUUGGCCUGGGCAGGAUCCAUGGUCACGCUCAUUCUGUCCGUGUACGAGCGCAAGGUGUGCACUCUCGAGCAGCGCAACUGGCUGGUGGUGCUGCUGGGGUUUCUCAACUUCUUGUUCAUCGGGCUGCAGGCGAAGCUUCUGGUUCCACAGUGGUUCCAGGGCGACUGGAUGGUGAUGCUGACGCUGAAUCCCCCCAGCUGAGCCGACCUUGGCGGGGGGUCACGGGGUCGUCUGUGCAUUCAAUCCUGGUGUCGUCUGUGCAUUCAAUCCUGGGAUUGCGUGCGCAGAUGACCCUGCGGGAUUGAAUGCGCGAAUGACUCCAAGAUUGAAUGCGCGGAUGACCCCACCACCUUGGCGGGGGACUGGCGAAAGCUGAGGGACAAGACUGGUUUGGUUUUAGCUCAACGGACUCACAGGACAACGCGGCUGGCUUUUCUUUGGCGGGUGGUUGCCACAAGCUGGACGAAUUCAUUUCCGGCGAAGCAUGGGGCAAUUCGACGCCCCUGGCUUUCCUGCACCAAAGUUUGGG